AGUCUAUAAAUGUAGCGACAAAGUCGCUAUGUUAGCAACACUGUUGAGAACAGACAGAGGAUAGGGCUUUUCCAACUAACAUAGCAACAGUGCUGCAUGACCACCGGUACUCUGUGACAGCUGCGUCUAUUUGAAAUGACAGUCAGGCUUUGGAGCUCCAUUGGUAGACAAAGACAUCACUCCUGGGUUCAGAUACGCCCAUUGUCCCUGUCGCGGCAUGAGGGAAAGCCUUUGAAGCCGUGAGGGUGGUGCCAAGCAAAUUAUGCCAUGUGGUGCUCAAGAGCGGCGUUGUUAUUGGAUCACAGCAACGCGGUUAACGCCCAUUUCUGAAGGAUACCCUCUCAGAUUGGCUAAAUUAGCCACCCCAGAUUCUCCGUUUGAACGUUGUUUUUCUAUUCUCUGUCACGGUUUACGUCAACAUCGUGAACCUCCUGUAAUGGCGGCGAGGUGAUCCCUGCAACCCUUUACGGAAAUGGCGUAGCUAACGUGCGCAGCGACAAAGACAGCGAGCCCGAAACCUAUGGGGAAGGAAUAAAAAAAGAAAUUCAGUAUCGUCGCUCUCUGUACUUAAAGCCCAUCAUUUUCUGAGGCGCUCGCUGCUCUUGGGGCCUUCGUAAGGAUACCGAAAUUUGACGGCAACGAGGGCGGAUUUUGAGUCAGCGUAAAGCCAUUGAAUUGGUUGAAGAAGACUGUGGCAACUGGCAAAUUUUCCGUUGGAUGGUCUGUAGGCUAGGGUAUAGCGAGGGAGCCGCCAUGGCAGUCGGAUCAUUGAGCCUCCACAUCGGGAUAUGAAGAACUGCAUGUGUCCCGAAUCGUCAAGAAAACACCGCAUUUAUCUUUGACCUGCACCGGAUCAGUACCUAUAACACCGAACUCCCUUCUUCAUCGCUGGCAAAUUGAUUCAGGUUCCAGAAAGCAACCGCUAUUGGUUUUAAUCGGGGGGCCACAGGGAGAGGCCAGAUUCAUGACUAUUUUAGACGGAGACGUGUCUUCAAAGGCCCGCUGAAAGAAAACCUGGAAUAUAAAGAAAUGACGCUCUGAUCGACCGUUGGUGGGAAAGAAAGGGUAGUUUAUUAGGAGAUAUGAAAUAGUGUGAAUGAUCGUGGGAGAAAGGGGUCUCUUUCUGCCUUGUCUUCCUUGUGAACUAUAACGUUAGUGUUAGUCAUUUACUGUCAUCCUGUUUUGGAUGAGAAGGUUUGGGAAAUCGAUCAGCCCCGCCGUUUAGCAAGUCACAGUCGAGAGAAUCAAACGGAUUGGAUCAUGUCGGGUCGGCCCAGGACCACAUCCUUCGCGGAGAGCUGCAAACCAGUGCCGCAGCCAUCUGCGUUCGGCAGCAUGAAAGUCAGCAGGGAUAAGGAUGGCAGCAAGGUAACAACAGUCGUAGCCACUCCAGGCCAAGGCCCCGACCGGCCACAGGAGGUGAGCUACACAGACACCAAGGUCAUCGGCAACGGCUCCUUUGGUGUUGUCUACCAGGCUAAACUUUGUGACUCUGGAGAGCUGGUGGCCAUCAAGAAAGUUUUGCAAGACAAGAGGUUCAAGAAUCGUGAGCUGCAGAUCAUGAGGAAGUUGGACCAUUGCAACAUAGUGCGCCUGCGCUACUUCUUCUACUCCAGUGGAGACAAGAAAGAUGAAGUGUACCUGAAUUUGGUUCUGGACUACGUUCCUGAGACUGUUUACAGAGUGGCCAGACACUACAGCCGAGCCAAACAGACUCUGCCCAUGGUUUAUGUAAAGUUGUACAUGUACCAGCUGUUCAGGAGCCUGGCCUACAUCCAUUCGUUUGGGAUCUGCCAUCGGGACAUCAAGCCCCAGAAUCUGCUGCUGGAUCCAGAGACUGCUGUGCUCAAGCUCUGUGAUUUUGGCAGUGCUAAGCAGCUGGUCCGUGGAGAGCCGAAUGUGUCCUACAUCUGCUCUCGCUACUAUCGAGCCCCCGAGCUCAUCUUUGGUGCCACUGACUACACUUCCAGUAUAGAUGUGUGGUCAGCCGGCUGCGUACUGGCAGAGCUGUUGCUAGGGCAACCAAUCUUCCCUGGUGACAGUGGAGUGGAUCAGUUGGUUGAAAUUAUCAAGGUUCUCGGCACCCCAACCCGAGAGCAGAUCCGUGAAAUGAACCCCAACUACACUGAGUUCAAGUUCCCCCAGAUCAAGGCGCAUCCUUGGACUAAGGUGAGUCAACAGGUGUUUAGGCCGCGUACGCCUCCAGAGGCUAUCGCCCUCUGCUCUCGCCUGCUGGAGUACACACCCACAGCCCGCCUCACACCUCUAGAAGCCUGUGCGCACUCCUUCUUUGACGAGCUGCGCGACCCCAAUGUCAAACUGCCCAACGGGAGAGAGAAGCCUUCUCUCUUCAACUUCACCACCCAGGAGUUGUCCAGUAAUCCCUCUUUGGCCUCCAUACUCAUCCCUGCCCAUGCCCGCAGCCAGGCAGCUGCCUCUACCCCAACUAACGCCUCUGCCACCACAGGUCAUCUCCUCUUCCUGCCCAUAGAUGGCAGCAGCACAGAGCGAGGUCCCAGCACUACCACCGCUUCUGCCUCAGCCUCCAACUCCACCUCCUGAGCCUACAGAGCACCCUCCCCAUCCCGGUCUCAGCCCCAGCCCAUGGCCUCUCCAUUGCCCCGGCCAGGGGGUGAGCUCUGCUCAGCUCUGCUCUGCCUUG